GCCCCCCCCCCACUUUCGGCCGCGCCGGAGGGAGGGAGCGAGCAGGCGAGCGGCGGCUGCUUUCUCCUCAGGCGGGCGGAGGGUCGCUGGGAGUCCCGGCUCACCGCUGGGCUUCCCUUCCCGGAGCUUGAGCGGAGCGGCCGCCGGCGAGGAACUUUUCCCAGCGCCAGGCGGGUCAGAAAAUCGGCGUACCGAGAGCCACCAGCAACUGCGGAAGAAAAAUGCUGCCGAAAUGCGUUUGAGCCAUAGACUGUGGUGAAUGCCAUAAUUGUCCAGCAAAAGUUGUUUCCAGGCCCUGAUAAAUGAAGUUGUUGAUCUUUCUGUAAUCAAGUCAAUUUUUGUCAUCCCUGCUAAUUUUGACAUCUUCAACAACCAUUCUUCCAUUGCUCUGAAGCCCUUGAAAAUCGCACCGUCAAUGAAGGAAGAAACCGCCUUGGAUUUUGAAGUGUGGGCGAGGUCCUGAUUCUGUCCCAACAUGCGUAAAGGGGCACCCAAGGAUCCGGAUAUCACCGACCUUUUCUACAAAGAUGAUCCUCAGGAGCUGUUCGUGGGUUUACAUGAAAUCGGGCAUGGAAGUUUUGGAGCGGUUUAUUUCGCCACCAACGCCCGCACCAACGAAGUGGUGGCAAUCAAGAAAAUGUCUUACAGCGGAAAACAAACAAACGAGAAAUGGCAGGAUAUCAUCAAAGAGGUCCGGUUUCUGCAACAGCUGAAGCACCCCAACACCAUAGAAUAUAAAGGCUGCUAUUUGAAAGAACAUACCGCCUGGCUAGUGAUGGAAUACUGCCUGGGAUCCGCUUCAGACCUGUUGGAAGUACAUAAAAAGCCACUCCAGGAAGUAGAGAUCGCUGCCAUUACCGACGGUGCCUUGCAGGGACUAGCAUAUCUUCAUUCACAUUAUAAAAUUCACAGGGAUAUUAAAGCAGGAAAUAUUCUUCUAACAGAACCGGGCCAAGUGAAACUAGCAGACUUCGGCUCUGCUUCUAUAGCCUCUCCUGCCAAUUCUUUCGUGGGAACACCUUACUGGAUGGCUCCGGAAGUUAUCUUGGCUAUGGACGAUGGACAGUACGAUGGGAAAGUCGAUGUUUGGUCGCUUGGAAUUACUUGCAUUGAGUUAGCGGAACGGAAACCACCUCUCUUCAAUAUGAAUGCAAUGAGUGCCUUAUAUCACAUCGCCCAGAACGAUUCUCCCACGCUACAGUCCAAUGAGUGGACCGAUUCUUUUAGAAGAUUUGUUGAUUACUGCUUGCAGAAAAUACCUCAGGAGCGUCCAUCGUCGUCCGAACUUUUGAGGCACGAAUUUGUACGAUGCGAGCGUCCGCCACGGGUCCUCAUAGACUUGAUUCAAAGAACCAAGGAUGCCGUCCGAGAGUUGGAUAACCUCCAGUCUCGCAAAAUGAACAAAAUCCUUUUCCAGGAGGUCUACAAUGGCCCUCUGAACGAGUCUCAGGAAGACGAGGAGGACAGUGAGCAUGGGACAAACCUGACUAGGACGAUGGACAGUCUGGGCAGCAAUCAUUCCACCCCCAGCAUGUCCGUCAGCACAGGCAGCCAGAACAGCAGUGUCAACAGCAUGCAGGAGGUAAUGGAGGAGAGCAGUUCUGAGCUGCUUCCGAUGCAUGACCACGAGAGCGCCAUUAAUUCCACUUCCUCUGUUGUCAUGAAGAAGGAUCAUGUAUUCAUAAGGGAUGAGGUGGGCCAAGGGGAGCGGAGGCCUGAACUGCGGCCUACUCAUUCGGUCCAGAAUCAGGCCCUUCACUACCGGAACAGAGAACCAUUUGCCACAAUCAGAUCAGCAUCAUUGGUUACAAGGCAGAUCCAUGAGCAUGAGCAGGAGAACGAGUUGCGGGAACAGAUGUCAGGAUAUAAACGGAUGCGGCGCCAGCACCAGAAGCAGCUGAUCGCCCUGGAAAACAAGCUGAAGGCUGAAAUGGACGAACACCGCCUCAAGCUGCAGAAAGAGGUGGAGACCCAUGCCAACAACUCGUCCAUUGAACUGGAGAAGCUAGCCAAGAAACAGGUGGCCGUCAUAGAGAAGGAGGCAAAGACAGCGGCAGCAGAUGAGAAGAAGUUCCAGCAACAGAUUUUGGCUCAGCAGAAGAGGGAUCUGACCAAUUUCUUAGAAAGUCAGAAGAAGCAAUACAAGAUUUGCAAAGAAAAGAUUAAAGAGGCAAGGAGACGCUCUCCAGAUCUGGGGAAGGAGAUGAACGAGGAUCACAGCACACCCAAGAAGGAGAAGCAGGAAAGGAUCUCCAAACACAAAGAAAACCUGCAGCACACGCAGGCUGAAGAGGAGGCGCAUCUCCUCAGCCAGCAGAGACUCUACUACGACAAAAACUGCCGUUUCUUCAAGCGGAAAACGAUGAUCCGAAGGCAUGAGUUGGAGCAGCAGAAUAUUCGUGAGGAGCUGAACAAGAAGAGAACCCAGAAGGAGAUGGAACAUGCCAUGCUAAUACGGCACGACGAGUCGACGCGGGAGUUAGAAUACCGGCAGCUGCACUUGCUGCAGAAGCUGCGUAUGGACUUGAUCCGGCUGCAGCACCAGACGGAACUUGAAAACCAGCUGGAGUAUAACAAACGGCGGGAACGAGAGCUGCACAGGAAGCACGUCAUGGAGUUGCGGCAACAGCCGAAGAAUUUGAAGGCCAUGGAAAUGCAGAUCAAGAAGCAGUUCCAAGACACGUGCAAAGUGCAAACUAAGCAGUACAAAGCGCUCAAGAAUCACCAGCUGGAAGUGACUCCAAAGAGUGAGCACAAAACUAUUUUGAAAAGCCUGAAGGAUGAGCAGACGAGGAAGCUCGCCAUCCUGGCGGAACAGUAUGAGCAGAGCAUCAAUGAAAUGAUGGCGUCGCAAGCGCUGCGGCUAGACGAGGCUCAGGAAGCAGAAUGCCAAGCCUUGAGGCUGCAGUUGCAGCAAGAGAUGGAACUGCUCAACGCCUACCAGAGCAAAAUCAAGAUGCAGACAGAAGCACAGCACGAACGGGAGCUCCAGAAGUUGGAGCAGAGGGUGUCCUUGCGCAGAGCACAUCUGGAGCAAAAGAUUGAAGAGGAGUUGGCCGCCUUGCAGAAGGAACGUAGCGAGAAGAUCAAGGUUUUGUUGGAAAGGCAAGAGCGAGAGAUUGAAACUUUUGACAUGGAAAGUUUACGAAUGGGCUUCGGGAACUUGGUGACAUUAGAAUUUCCUAAGGAGGACUACAGAUGAGAUUAAAUUCCUUUGGCCAUUUUCCAAAAAAAAAACCCAACAACAACAAAAUCCCACACGAAAACCACCAAGCAAAAAUUGCAGAACCAAGGAGGAGAGAGAGAGAGAGAGAGAGAGAGAGAAAGAAAAAUAAGUAUCUCAAAUCAACAUUGGCCCUUGCCCCUCACCCCACCCGGUCCCCAAGUUAAUGGCUGUGCUCGCUCUCUCUUUCCGUCUCUUUAACUGACGUCCCGUCGGACUUAGUGCCUGUAUAAUUAUAAUCCAUCAGGGCCUCCCACCUUCACCCCCCGCGCGUCUCGUUUGAAGCUGGACCAUGCUUGGCUGCCUCUGGAAACUUCAUAACGUCUGACGAUAUCGAUGUCUCUGUGCAAGCCAUUUUGGUUUUCUUUCUUUUUCUUUUCCUUUUUUUUUUCUUUUUUAAUUUUUUUUUCCCCGAUUAACCUUUUCGGUGCAAACUUUGGAGAUCGUUUCAAUGAAUCCAACCAACCACAACCGAUCAACGCCAACCACACACACAAAAAAAACAAAAAAACCCAAGGAAAUUCAGUUUUUUGCUUUCGGGCAGUCGUUCCUGGAUGGCCAUCAACGCAUGAGAAGGAAAAAAAAAACAAAAAAACAACCACACACACACACACACGCAAGCCAAACAAGAAAGAAACCAACAAAAAAUUCAGAAGGAACCUGAAAAAGAAACAAACAAAAAAAACACCUCCAAAUAAAUCGCAUCUCUCUUCUUCUUUUUUUUUUCUUUUUUCUUUUUCCGGAAAAAAAAACAAAAUUGAAAAAGAAGCGAAACAGAAGCGUUCAGCUUUUCCAAACCACACACACACCCUCCUCCCCUACCAGAGAAGGGGAGAGGGGAAAAAAAAAAAAAAAAAAAUAACGUACGCGGAGAUCUCGCAGCCUUACCUUAAUCCGCUGCUCCUUUAUUUUUAUUUUUAGUUUUCGAAUUUCAUUGCCGUUUCCUCUCUUUUUUUUUUCUUUUCUUGUUUUUUUUAAAUUUCCUUUCGUUUGACUUUUUUUUUUUUUUUCCCUUUCGGUCUUGAUUCAUCAGGAAUAAAGGAAAUUCCGUGGAAAUAAUAAAACCGUUUUUAAGGAAGAGAUCGAGAAAUUUGAUAACCUUUUGCAGAAGAAAAAAUAAUAAUAAUAAUAAUGAUAAUAAUGACGAAUUCUGAAUUGUGGUGUACAUAUCAAUGGUCGACAUUUUUUCGUGGGUGGGAGGAAAGGGUGGGAACGGGUUGGAAAGAGGGAAAGCGUGAAAUUCUUUUUUUUUUAUAACUUUUAAUUUUUUUUCUUCUUUCUUUUUUCUUUCUUUCUUUCUUUCUUUCUUUCUUUUUUUUUUGGAAAGGGCAAGGCCGGGCCAGCGGGGUGGGUGUGCGGGGCUACAGUUUGGCCUUGGCCUUUGGCACAUUCUUGAUUGUAUCAUAAAUCAUUUUCUGCUGUCGCAGAGGAUGUGAAUACACUUAAAAAAAAAUAAUAAUAAAUAAUAAUAAUAAUAAUAAAAAUUAAAAAAAAAAAAAGAGAAGAAGGCCAGAGGAUACCCAGAGCACAAAUUGGGCCUUCUCAAAAUUGUGUAUUUUGUGUAUAGAAGGAAAUUUAAGGAGAAAUUUACUUAUUUUCAUAUUGUAUUUUAACUGUUUCUCUGAUCAAAAGUUUUUUUACUACCUACCUUCCUUGACCCUCGAUCCCAUUCCAAGCCACACCAACCCUCUACCUCCCCCACCUCUCCUCCUGCUCCCCCCUCCCUAUCGCCUCUUUUUCCAAGUCAAAACUUUGGAGUUGAACACUGUCUAUCAAAUCACAUCACCUUGACCCUCUUCCCCCCCUCCUCUCUCUUGCUCUUUUCCUGGUCCUUGACCUUUGCCCCCCCCCUCCCCGCCCCCUGACACCCUCCCCUUCUUUCCCAUCCCCGAUAAAUCUUGGUCAUAAAUAUUGCAUUAUUCACUCUUUCAAACUGUGUAUUUUCUUACAAUAAAAACGGUUUUAAAAA